AAACAGGCCCAAAUGUCCAGUAAAACCCGUUGCUGUAAAACUAUAAAUUGCAAAACUCAGCAAAUAGGGUUUCUUAUUGCUAGGGUUUUGUCUGCAAGUCGCUCCUCCGUUCCCGAGCUGCAGCAGCGAAGAUGCCGUCACACAAGUCCUUCAUGAUCAAGAAGAAGCUGGCGAAGAAGAUGAGGCAGAACCGACCCAUUCCUCACUGGAUCCGCAUGAGGACCGACAACACCAUCAGGUACAACGCUAAGCGCAGGCACUGGCGCCGCACCAAGCUCGGGUUUUGAGGUGGAUCACCUACUAUGUGGUGGUCAAGAUUUUAGUGGUCAAGAUUUUAAUUCUGAGAAACAGUUGGAAGCUUUUUAUGUUUAAUCAAAGUGGGAACUUCCAUGGAGUCCCGAAGCGGAGAUUGCCUUAUGAAAUUGGUAUUUGGUUUGUAGUUUAAGUGUAUUUCCAGUAAUGUUGGACCAAUUUUUGAAUUUAGAUGAGUUAAUUUGAAUCAUGACUUCUCAA